AUGAAGGUGAUUGGAAUUUUAUCCGUGGCCACAGCUCUUCUUGGCCUCGCAAGUGCCGCCCCGUACGCCAUGCCUGACGAUGAUGGCGUACGAGUGAAUGCGGAUUCUCCGGACGGCACUCGUGUUACUCGAGAUGGAGAGGCCGGGGCGGAGCCUGACGGUACUCGGGUCACACGACGUGACGGAGGUGACGACGACGGGCCUGAUGGCACCCGCGUCACAAAGAGAGGCGGCGAAGAGAAGGCCAACACCAUGUAA